AGCCAACCAUGGCUGAUGACAGCAGCAGCAGCAGCAGCAGCAGCAGCAGAAGAGAUUCAAGGGCUGCAUGCGCGGCGUGCAAUUACCUCCGCAUGAGAUGCAACUCCGACUGCCCAUUGGCCCGUUACUUCCCGGCCAAUCGCUCCAGUGAAGUCAUUUUGGUUGAUCGGCACGUUGGCUUGGCACGGUUCGUAGAGUUAGUCAAUCAGAUGCGGCCGGAGUUGAGGGAUCAGAUGGCGGAGAGUCUGAUCUCCAAAGCAAAGGCUCGGCGGAGAGAUCCGGUCCAUGCCGCCGCCGACAUUGCCCAACACUUGCUUGCCAAGACUGAAGCCACAAAGAAGGAGCUUGAAAGCGUUCGCCAGCACCUCAACCACCUUCGAGCCCAACAAUCGCCAACCUCCUCGAUCACUAGUCCUCAUCAAAUGGCAAUUGCACUAGCAAAGGGAGUAUUCAUAAAUGAUCAACUCAUUGCUGGCGUAGGAGUCAUACUGUUCCAUUCAACUGGCAAAUGUUCACUUUCAUGUUUAGUGAGAACAUACUCUUCACUUGAAACUGAACUAGUUGCCAUUAUACAUGCAAUGCAACUUGGACUUCAAUAUGGAUCAACUCAGCUCACUGUCUUCUCCAAUUGCGCGGAGGCGGUCGCAAUCUAUAACGGUGAACAUGAAGGUCCCAGUGAGCUUCAAAGGUUGGUUGUUGUCCACCGUGACUCGCUCUCCUCUAUUCACCAUUAUAAGGUUUCCACUUGUGAAGAGAUAUACAUGCCUGAAGUGUGGCAAUUGGCAAAUUUAGCUCCUCAAUGUGGAUCAUCACAGAGAUGGGAGACGCCCAUCUUUCCAAAUGUGGCACAAGUUAUUCGUAUUGAAGAUAUGGAUUAAAGACAUUAAUGAUUUGUAGA